GCGGCGGUGCCCGGCCCCGUGCCGCCAUGGCGCAGGGGGAGCCGUGCGGGGCGGCGGCGGCGUGGCGGUGCUGCGGGGCCCACAGCGGGCGGCCGCUGGAGCUGCUCUGCGAGGAGUGCGGCCGCUGCGUGUGCGCCCUCUGCCCCGCGCUGGGCCCGCACCGCGGCCACCGAGCCUGCCUGCUGCCGCAUGCUGCCCGGCACCGGCAGGAACUCCUGACACUGUAUUUGAAGGAUCUAGAAGAGAGAAAAGAACAAGAGGCUGGUAACAGAAGGUGUAUAGAGCAAGCUGCUAAUGAUCUGAAGGCACACGCUGCUAUGACCAAAAAGCUGCUGUCAGAUAGAAUGACUGAGCUCCAGUUACUGCUUCGCGAAGAGGAGAGCUUGGCGAGAAAUUUAAUUGAUGAAAAGACUCAGCAAGCCCUGGAAGCACAUGGUCAGCAGGUGGAGUCCUGUCGAGAAAAGCUUGCAGCCCUGGAGACCUUCUCAUGUCGAAUCAGAGAAACACAGCAGAACAAUGACAUCAUUCAGUUUCUGGAGAAAUCCAUAGAAAUCGAGAAGGAAAUGCAGGAGCCGAAGAGCCAGCUAGAACAGUGGCAUCCAAUACCUCUCUCAUUUGAGCAUGUACUCAACUACUACAAGCAUCUCAUGACAGUGCUUCAGUCCGUUCUACAGAAACCACUAGAAGCCCGGCUUAAAGAAGACGUUUUCAGCAGCCUUAAUGCCACCACAAAGAAGGAGCCUGGAACAAUGCUGAAAACCAUGUCUCCUGUUGAUCGGUUGCUUUUCUUGAAACAUGCAAGAUCGCCAACCUGGGAGUACGACAGCCUUCAUCCUAGGCUGAAGUUGUCUGAUGACCGUCUAGUAGUGAGCUGCAACUGGAGGAGGAUGUUUUACCCCUGUGGUCCCCAGAGAUUCGAUAAAUUAUGGCAAGUGCUAAGCAGAGAUGCGUUCCUUUCUGGGAGCCAUUACUGGGAAGUUGACCUCCUUCAGGCUGGAACUGGGUGGUGGAUUGGCGCAGCCUACCCUUCCAUUGGCAGGAAAGGAGACUCUGAAACCUGCCGCCUGGGCUGGAAUAGAGCAUCGUGGUGCAUCAAAAGGUUUGAUUUUGAAUACUGGGCUUUCCACAAGGGGGAGAGGAUCCCGCUCGCAAUAGAAGAUGAUCCUGAUCGCAUUGGUGUUUUUCUGGAUUACGAAGCAGGGAUCCUUUCCUUCUACAAUGUUACGGAUGGCAUGGCUCAUCUGCACACCUUCCGCUGCAAAUUCACAGAGCCAAUUUACCCAGCCUUGAGGCUCUGGGAGGGGUCCAUUGGGAUAUGCAAGCUAACAUAAAGAAUGAAGUAAAAAAAAGGGCUAUGUUUCAUGGUUUUGGUAUGAAAGCCACUUUAGUAGUGAUCUACAUGAAUUACUCUAUGUCAUAUGGAAGAUUCGACUGUGAUGCUUUUAGAAGGUAAUGGUGAAGUUGAAGAAAACCAAUUGUUGUUUUUAAUGUCUGUGUGUUUUAAACAGGGGAAGUUGACCUGCCAUUUAUAAACGAUGUCAAUAUAUCACCUAAAGUGCCAUACAUUAUAUUUUUUGUACUUGAUUCAAAUUUGCAAAAUGGAAAAACCCUGGUUAGAAUCUGCAAAAAAAGUUUAUUACAACUCAUAUUUGAGCCU